AAAAAAAAAAAAAAGAGAAAAAGAAAAUUGUAGCUAUCUAGAAGGAUUCUUCAUCAGUAGUCCACUAUGUUUAUUCAGAAUUUUAUGGAUUAUAGUUUCUUUUAAUUUUGCUUUGCAAUUUUGUAUUUAUUUGUUACAAUUUUUAUAAUAGGCCAUUUCACAUUCAUAGUAUUUUUUAGUUUUUAUUCAUAUAAUUUUGUAUGACAGUAUUCAGCUCUGUACAUUUUAAGGCAGUGUGAAGCAAAAGUCAAAUAUGAAUCAGCCAUAUGUUUAUUGCCAAUUUAAUUAUCUCUGUGUUUGAAUAAGUAUCACCCCAUUUUGUUUAUGACUCUUAUAUUUAUAUUUUUGUUGGUCAUCAAUGGUGGUUUUAUUCUGUUUAGGUGAGGAGUCAUGAAAAUUGUUGUAAUUUCAACAUCUAUUCAUUGGUGAAUGUAUAUUUUCUUUUUGUGAGAGAAACACUUGUGAUUUGAAGCUGUGUCUUCUCAUUGCACUGAAGACUUUUUGCCAGAACAGGGCAUGAAAGAUUCAUUCCAAAAGGUGAUACUGAGAAGAUAUGGAAGCUGUGGACUUGAGGAUUUACACUUAAGGAAAAAUGGGGAAAAUGUGGGUGAGCGUAAGGAUCAAAAAGAAAUUUAUAAUGGACUUAUUAACCAGUGUUUGUCAACUCUACCUAGCAAAAUUUUCCCAUAUAAUAAAUGUGUGAAAGUCUUUAGUAAAUCAUCAAAUCUAAACAGACAAAGCAUAAGACAUACUGCAGAGAAACUUUUCAAAUGUGUACAAUGUGGCAAAGUCUUUAAAUCUCACUCAGGCCUUUCUUAUCAUAAGAUAAUUCAUACUGAAGAGAAACUCUACAUAUGUGAGGAAUGUGGUAAAACCUUUAAAUGGUUCUCAUACCUUACUAAACAUAAGAGGAUUCACACUGGAGAGAAACCAUACAAAUGUGAAGAAUGUGGCAAAGCUUUUAACUGGUGCUCGACCCUUACUAAACAUAAGAGAAUCCAUACUGGUGAGAAACCCUACAAAUGUGAAGAAUGUGGAAAAGCCUUUCACUGGUGUUCGCCCUUUGUUAGACAUAAGAAAAUUCAUACUGGAGAAAAACCCUAUACAUGUGAAGAAUGUGGCAGAGCGUUUAACCGGCACUCACAUCUCACCAAACAUAAGACGAUUCACACUGGAAAGAAACCCUACAAAUGUAAAGAAUGUGGGAAAGCCUUCAACCACUGCUCCCUACUUACUGUACAUGAGAGAACCCACACGGGAGAGAAACCCUAUAAAUGUGAAGAAUGUGGCAAAGCUUUUAACUCAUCAUCAAUUCUUACUGAACAUAAGGUAAUUCACAGCGGAGAGAAACCCUACAAAUGUGAAAAAUGCGACAAAGUCUUUAAGAGGUUCUCAUACCUUACUAAACACAAGAGAAUUCACACUGGAGAGAAACCCUACAAAUGUGAAGAAUGUGGCAAAGCUUUUAACUGGUCCUCAAUCCUUACUGAACAUAAGAGAAUUCAUACUGGAGAGAAACCCUACAACUGUGAAGAAUGUGGCAAAGCCUUUAAUCGGUGCUCACACCUUACUAGACAUAAGAAAAUUCAUACUGCCAUCAACCGCUAUAAAUGUGAAGAAUGUGGCAAAGCUUUUAAACGAUGCUCACAUCUUAAUGAACAUAAGAGAGUUCAAAGAAGAGAGAAAUCCUGCAAGUAUAAAAAAUGUGGGGAAGCUUUUACUUACUGCUCAAACCUUACUACAUAAGAAUUUUUACUAUUGAGAAAUCCUACAAAUGUAAGGAAUGUGGCAAAGUCCUUAAAUCUUGCUCAAGCCAUUGAAGUCACAAGAUAAUUCGUACUGGAGAGAAACACUACAAAUGUGAAGAAUAUGGGAACGUCUUCAACCAUUGCUCACACUUUAUUGCACAUAAGAAAAUUCAUACUGAGAAAAAUUCUGAUUUUAAAGAAUGUGGCAAAGUGUUUAAUAACUGCUAUGAGCUUACUCAUGAGAGGUUUUAUGCUAGAUAAAAGCAAUAAAAGUGUAAUGAUACACAUUACAUUUAUCUGUGGAAAGAUGUCACCAAAUAAAAGCCUUAGAGUGCACAAGGUGUAAUGAUAGUGAUACAUUUGUACGUGGAAAGGCUUCAAAAAUAUAAGCCUUAGAGUAACACAAGUGUUUUUAUCCUGAAGAAAAACAUUACAAAUAUAAAGAUUGGUGUAAUACUUUUACUUAUGUUACAGAUUUUGUUGUACAUGGGAGAAUUUAUGCUGAAGGGUAACCCUCUAACAGUUGCUCAAAUUUUAUUCAAUUUUAGAGAAUUUAUAUUGGAAAGAAACCCUACAACUGUAAUGAAUAUGAAAAAAAUGUUUUAAAAGUACACCUUAGAAAACGCUAGAGAGUUUAUAUGAAAGCAUUUAACAGAUGCAAUAAAUAUAAAAAAUUAAUCAAAAAUCAAGUCUGAAUGAACGUCAGAAGAUUCACAGUAGAAACCACUAAGAUGCUAACACUUUCAAUGUUAUUCGAAAUCAGGGUAUUGAUUACAAAGAAUAAUUCAAAGUUAACAUAAUUUAGUUAGGCUAAACAGGAAUAAGAGACUAAUAUUUUAGAACUUACAAUUGUAUUCAAAGUACAUUGUUUUUUGCAUUGAAAGAGUUUUAGAUUUUUACAAAGGCAAAUUUUGAUGUAAUUCAACUCUCAAAUUACUUGAUGCUGUGUCUUUAUUCCUAGUGUCUGUGUAAAAGCAUGUGGUCAAUUUCUGCUGCUCGGAGCUUUGAGAGGUUCUAUAUUAGGAUAUCAUUUAUAUGCUUUUCAACAGAAGAUUGAGGACACUGAAAUGUGAGGUGUGUGAAGAAAGUCUACACGGAGAAGCUUUUGUGGUUGACUUAUAAAACUGUUGUAAGUGCUGCAUGAGAUAGAUGUUCAGAGUAAUACUCUUGUGCAUUAUUCAAAUUUUAGUAAAUUGUUUUACCGAUUGUACAUUAAUAUAGUAGAUUUUGUAAUGCUUUUCUUAGACUGUGUGAACUUCAUUUGUUUUAAUAAAACAAAAUUGUUUUAAUAUGUUAAGACAGUUGUGCAUUGAAUUAGGUGUUAUCCUGCCACCAACAUUAGCCUAUUUUACCUUACUCAAGUUUUUAGGUAACAGACAGUAACAACAUACUGUUCAGUAAUAUGGUGGCAUGGCGUCUCUAGUGAUUCUUAUCCUUAGUGACUUUAAACUUCAAAUACGUUGGAGAAUACUGUUUCCAUAGGUUACAUUUUUAUUAUUUUUCUUCGAACUAUGGAGUCAUUAAGAUGGUUAUUUUGAAAAUUACACAGGCAUAUAAUCAAAAGCCAUGUAUUUCUGAAUCUUAAAUGAGUAUGUAGAAGAUGUUAUCUUACAUUUUUCUUUGAACAUGCAACCUCUAUGGCCUUCCCAACACACAUAGACUCUUAAGUUUUCACUUACGUGGAAGUUUAAUAUAUAAAUGUGUUACUCUAAAGAUAAAAUGUAAGAGAAUUAUGAAGCAAGUAAUUGUAUUUGAAUGUGGAUGUGUACCUAUUUUGAGAAGAAAGAAAAUGUGUUAGAACAAAUUGGUAAUUUUUAAAGUGUUGAUAAGUUACUACCAAACUAAAAACCUCAAAGAAUUUCAAAGCAAAUGUUUUUCCCAUUUGUAUUGAAUUCAUUUUUCCAAAACCUUAUGGUUCCUAGUUCAGAAUCUCCUUAUGUAAGUCCAGGUUUUACUUACCUGAUAUUGAUAGUAGACCUAAUGCAUCAAAAUUUAUAAAGUAUUCUUUAUAUAAUCUGCUCCAGAAUUAUUGGAAUAAUUUUUACAAAAUUUAAUGGUGCUUGCAAAACAAUUUAAACAUGUAAUUCCAUGGUAAGUGUAUUGUAACAUUUUAUUUAGUACAUUUUUUU